CUUCUUACUACUGCUUGUACAUCCAUAGUUUAACUACAGCGUAUCGCAACUUCUUAUCUCCUCGCCCCGUCGCCCCCGAUCCGGACCUUUAACACCUUCGUUCUCACCUUCGAAACCGCAUUAACUCUUGAUUCUGAGCCGUCGACUGUCAUCGAUUUUAUCCUCGUUUACCGAUACAUUCUUUUCAAAAUUAGUCAUGGCUUCCAAAGAGAAAGAUCCUAUUGAGCCUGUUGAGGAUAAGGAUGCUCUCGACGUGCUCGAGGCGGAGUCAAAGGAAUUCGACAAGGAUGCAGAGAUAGAUCGCAUCUUGAAGGCCUUCCGCUUAGAUGCCUACGCGGUUCUAGACCUGAACCCCGGCGUCCCCGAAUCCGACAUCAAGAUGACCUACCGCAAGAAGUCGCUCCUCAUCCACCCAGACAAGACGAAGAACCCGCAGGCGCCGGAAGCCUUCGACCGGCUGAAGAAGGCGCAGACGGAGUUGAUGGACGAGAAGCACCGGGAGCGGCUGGACGAGGCGAUCGCGGACGCGCGCAUGCUGCUCAUCCGCGAGAACAAGUGGACGGUGGACAGCCCGGAGCUGAAGACGGAGGAGUUCGCGCGCCAGUGGCGCGCCAAGACCCGCGAGGUCCUCGUCGACAACGAGCUGCGCCGCAAGCGCCAGGCCAAGGCCCAGAUGCAGGAAGAAGGCCGCGAGCAGCGCCGCGCCGAGCAGGACCUCGAGGACCGCAAGCGCAAGCGCCAGCACGAGCAGGACUGGGAGAGCACCCGCGACCAGCGCAUCGACAGCUGGCGCCAGUUCCAGAAGUCCAAGACCGGCGACGAGAAGAAGAAGAAGAAGAAGCUGAAGCCCAUCGGCUAGACAAGCCGUGUUCGUUUCGUUCGUUUGUCUGCGCGAAUAUCGGAUUCGCCUGCUCUGCCUACUAGUGUUAAGGGAAUGGGAUCAAAGGCUGGUUAGCACAAUUACUAAGGUUAUUGUUUUUAUUGCAGGGAACCACGCGCUCGACGGCUCUAGAAUCAUGGUGGUUGUUUUUUCUUCUUCUCGGAAGUGAAGGAUGGAACUUGCCACUGGCCACUACGUGAGUUCUAUUAAUUGACCGAAGCUUCUAUGAGCCUAACUCCCUUAGUGACAUUAAGAUCGGAAUUGUCG